AUGAAACUAAAGUACUGCUGCUACGCAUUUUGCAUAAUCUCAAGUGUGACAUGCAUGAAAUGGCGGAACCACACGAGCGAUGUUUCCUUUGUGAAUUACGCUGACCAGCAUUUGGUAGUGACAAAGUGGAGGGGGAAAAGAAGGAAACGCAUUUGGCGCAGGUCCUACGAAAAUGGCAAAAGGAAGGAGGCGAACCUUUUUACGAGGCGCGCCGGGGAAGGGGCGGCCCCGCUGUGCAGCAGCAUGGGCGAGCAAGACGGAGAUGGCUCCACCUCCAGCUUGCGGCCCCCCGAAGCGGCCAAUCAAGGCGGCAACCAGGAUGAUAACCACGCCGCUAAUCAAGACGCUAGCCGGGACUCCCCCCCCGAUGGGGACAUUUUAAAAAGGAAGGGCGCAGAGAAAGAAGUGGAAAAAAGCGUGGUGCCGCUAAACAUGGACUGGGUGAAAGUGAUGAACCUGAUCUACGCCAGCAGAGACGUGGACGCGACGACGCUGGCCUUCAACGCGGCGAUGUCGGCAGUGGAAAAGAAGGGCUGCCUGAAGAGCAUGCUGGAGGUGUUCGAAAUAAUGAAAAAGAAAAACAUAAAACCAGAUUUGGUCUCCUACAAGCUGCUGCUCCGCCUGUGUGCCAAUUACCACCUGGGGGAGCACGCGGAAAUUUUAUUCGACGAGAUGGUAGAGACGGACAAGUUGACGCCCACGUACGAAAUUUACGCUCUCAUGAUUAGCUGCUUCGCCAAGGUGGGGGACGGGCACAGGGCCGUCGAAUUUGUGGAGAAGCUGCGCAGCGACCCCCUGGUGGGGGAAGUAAACAACUGGGGGGAGGCUGGCGGUGUUAGCGGAAGCGGAAGUGCUGAUGACCGCCAACACCCCGCGUGGAGGGACUCCUUUGCGGAGGAGGCCACCACGGAAGAAGGCGCAGAGGCGGAGGGAAGCACCUACACAAAUCAGUUCAAAGAAAUCACGAAGAAGAUCAAACACAUCGAAAGGGGGAGCAGCAAAAUACAGUACAGCGAAUACGCCAAUGUGAUCUUCGCAUGCAACAUGUCAAAUUUGCCUGAACAAGGAAUAAAAUAUUUUGAGGAAUUAUUAAACACAGGAAAGUACAUGCCCUCCACUCUUCUCCUGGAAAGUAUAUUUGACUUGUUAGCAAAAAAUGGAAAUUAUGAAAAGUGCCUCGAUUAUUACAAUAAGCUGAAGGAUGACCCGAAUUUUAAAAAAGCUAUCAAUGUGAAUAUCCUAAAUAACAUUUUGAAGGCAUUAAGUGUGCAAGGCAAAAUUAACAUCAUCGAGGAUUUGUGGAAAAAUGAAUUUGACGAAUUGAUGCUAACUCCAAAUGAAAUUUCCUACGGAUAUAUGUUGAAGGUGUAUAGCAUUGUGGAUGACUAUGAGAAAGCAUUCAAGCUAUUUAAAGAAAUGCAAAUGAAAAAAAUGUUAAGCAAUAAAAAUAUUAUUCCUUUUGUUUACACCAUUAAUGCCUUUAAAAAUUGCGGCAUUUAUAACUACGCCAUUUACGUGUUGAGGGUAGCCAAACUGUUGGGAGUAUCAUCGGAGGAUUUGCUAAAGCUUUACAAUGACGCCAUGGUGGCUUGUGUAAAUGCUAAAAAAUACGACGUGGUAAUUUCGCUUUACGCGGAACUUAUUACUAUGCAGGAGAAAGGCGCGCCGUCCCUCGAAAUCAGCAUCAGCACGCUCGGCUUCGUCCUCCUGGCCUUUAGGGAGCUGGACAUGCGCGAGGACUUUACAAAUUUGAAAAAUUUAAUCAUUCAGAAGAAUUACAAGUUGACUCCGCUGUGCGGCCAGUUGGUCAGUGAGCAGCCCCACUAG